GCAGCAGGAUAUCCUCUCAGCAUAAAGGACGCAAGAAUGCGAAAGCUGAAGGAGCGCAAACUAGCAAAGUCGACAACAUCCUACAGCAACGGGAGUCCCAACCGUGGCCAAAACACCAGCACCAGCAGCAGUCCCAACCCCGGGAGCUGCGGGAGCAACAGUAGCAGCACCGAUGCACGAUUAAAAUCGCUGGAUGCACUCGCUGCUGAUAAUUACGAGCACGAUCACCCGAACAACUCCCCAGCCAGCCGGCACCCAUCUCCGGGCGGACGUGGCGCAGGACCCAAAAGUAACUCACCUGGUGGUGGGGCAGCAGCGGGCGUAAGUCCACCGAAACGAUCGAAAAAGCAAAGCACGAAACACCGGGCGGAACACGACAAACAACAUUCGACGGCAGCCAAACCCGGUGACCCUGGUAACAACGCGUCAUCGAUACUUGCCGGGGGCGUGGGUGGCGUCACCGCAGACAGGAACGUAACCCCGCUACCCGGCUUCCAGCAAGCAUUCGGUUCAACGGAAAUUGGAAAAUUUUCCGAAGCGUUUUUCAACAGCAACAGCCCCGGCCCAAACGAGCUCCAUCCCGACGGACAGCUGCCGCCAAACCAUCACCACCAUCACCCGCAUCCGCAUCAGCACCCGCAUCAAAUGAUGAUGAUGGACUCGCUGACGGCGUGCGAGUCCGACGUGGACACCCUCAGCCCGCAACCGUGGGAACCGACGGGACCGGGGGAUCCCUACGAGGCCCGGCCGAGCACGGCCACGGCAUUUAACCUGCAAAUUGGCACAAGCUUCCAUCCGUCUUACUACGAAUCUUCGCCCUACUCGUCGUCGGAUCACGCGGUGGAUUCACCCUUGGGUAACUACUUUCGGGAGAUGACUUGCAACGAGUAUGUGAACUAGGCCGGGCGUCCGAAGGAGAAAUAAAAAAAAGGAAGGCAGUGGGGAUGGUGCUUUAUAGGCGUAAUUGAGUGAUUGGUUAAAGGGGUGGGGGUGUACACGCUCACUUGAAAGUACACAUUAAUGAGUAAAAUUUUUAUGGGUAACAGAUUGUCACUAAAUGGAUAAAAAAAUUACCACCUAAUAAGUUAAGCCAAUUUAUGUACAAAAUGGAAGAAAUUUUACUCAUUGAUGGGUACUUUCAAGUUAGUGUGUAUGGCAUUUAAGGUGACGCUUUAUUUGGAAGAUCACAAAUUGCGAUGCAUUGCAUAUUAGAGUAGUUCAAAUUAUCAAUUUGCUCCACCUAGUUCAAUAGACUUCAAAUCAGGUCCUGGCAGUUCUCCCAAAAUUUGAGCUCAUUACGAUGCGAACUCAAACUGCACUGACGCUUUGAAGUUUAAUGAGAA